AUGUGGGAAUACUAUAAUGGCAAAGUCAUUCUCAUAACCGGUGGAUCUGGUUUCCUAGGGACUGCUAUUGUGCAUCGCCUGCUCAGUUGUUCAUCGGUGGAUCAUAUAUUCUUGCUCUGUCGAGGGGGAGAGGAAAAGCUUCGACGGAAAUGGGAAGAAUUCCUGCCACUCGACAUGGUCGAGAAGCUCUGCAAUCCAUCUCAUCUGACUAUACUCAACGGAGAUAUCCUCCUACCAGGAAUGGGGCUUUCGCAAACGGAAUUAGAAACCCUACGAUCGGCCAUUAACAUCAUCAUCCAUGCCGCAUCUUCAAUCAGUCUAGCAAAGCGCCUUCACAGCUUGUCAGCACUGAUUAUCGGGGCAAGCGAAGCUAUCGCAGAAUUUGCAUUUACCUGCAAGAACCUUGAUCGAUUCGUCUACGUCUCCUCGGCGUACGCAAACACCCAUGUCUAUUCUCGCAGCGAGGCGCCUCCCUCUGACAUAGAGAUCAAAGAGGAUUUCUACAGCCUCGAAAAGCAAGGAAACCCAACGAUCGAAUGGGACGCGGUGCGCAAACACGGCACAAGCGAUGCAUACGAAGCAGAAGAUUUCCCAUGGGCCUAUGCCUAUGCCAAACAUCUAACAGAACGACUGCUACUGCACCAAUUUGAACAACACUCCGCAAAAGAAAAGUUCCUUAUCAUCCGGCCUUCUAUCAUCGGGCCCGCUCAAAAUGUUCCAUUCCCGGGAUACAGCAUGCCUAUGUCUACUCCAUCCACAAUAGUAGCGGCUGUGAUCGCCCUCGAUCCAUCCUGGAAAUGGAAGAUUGCCACACGGAUGACGUUUCCAGAGAUGGAAGUCACUAUAGAUGAGGUUCCUGUGGAUGUGGUAGUUGAUCGUUUGCUCAGCCAUCUGGCUAUAGAGGCUCAUGGAUGUGUCCACGCUGUUAGUGGGAAAAGAGCCCGCGUGAGCCCUGAAGAAUGGUUGGAACCGGUCAUGAAGCUUCGUCGGAUUCCCUGGACAAUGCUGCCGCAUUGGCUAGCUGUUGAUUGGAAGUCUCCGAAGCAACAUCCGAUUAGCCGCUUAUAUGUGAUUUUGGGGACCUCGUUUGCGUUUUCAGAAGACCGGACGAUAGCUUUGAGUCAGAAGCUUGAAGAAGCGCAUUCGGAUCUGCAGCUUUUCGCUCGGGUUGGCAUGAGGGAACGUACAUUUAGCAGAGAUGAGCAUGUUCGGCAUGUUAUGGACAAAUUGGCACAGAAGAGUCUGGUUGCUUGGUUGAUUAUCCAGGUGUUUUAUCGAGAUUACGGACGCAACAAGUGA